GCUAGUCUUGCAUAAUCUGCAGGCCAGGGUUAUGUUUGGCGACAACGUCUGCCACUGUCGCUAUGGCAUUCCUUCCUCUUCUCCGCGGAUCUUGCAUUUCUUUAGAAGACGCCGCCUUGACCGACGACGACAACAUCCUACACCGACUGGACGAUCCCCGGAAGCUGGAGAAGUUCUGGGCGCACCUCACCACCCACCAGGCUUGGAUUAAAGCAUUGGUCGCAUAUUAUUAUUGGACGAAGCAUUGCCGGGUUGCCGACGAAGCGAAUUGGCUGUUUGGCAGCUACGACGUCUGCGUUCCGGUGUAUGCCAAUGGGCCUUCCAGAGACCGCGUCCUGGUCCGGAUCUCGCUGCCACACAAGGAAGAGCUGCGCUCGGAGGUGGCGAGAUACUUCCGGAUCCACGAGAAUUGUCCUACUGUUCCUAGUCCGACCCUCUACGGGUUCGGGUUCCCCGAUGGACAAACUACCAUCCUGCGUGACACUGCUUUCUCGAACCCGGUAUCAUACUACGCGGACUAUCCGCUCGUGGCUCGGAUUCCCCGUCGCAUGGCCAUAUGUCGGGCUGCAACGGGGGACAUGGUCAUCGGCUCCGUCGAGAGUGGCCGCAUGCUCUCGGAUACCUGGGCCACGCACCUUCUCGAGGAUAAGGCCCGCAGGCAGACCCUCUUUAGCGACCUUGCGAAGAUCAUGCUCUCACUCAGCUGCUUUCCAAUGCCGCGGAUCGGCUCCCUGGCUCUGAAUAAUACUGGCCACCUUGGUCUUAUAAAUCGGACGUUGACUCUACGACACUCAACCUACCGGUCUGUCGAGCCGUACGUCCUGGAUCUUUUGCAAUGUUAUGACAACCGCAUUUGCUACCAGCCCAAUGCCAGUCACAACGAAAAGAAUGGCGAGGAACAAUUUACCGCGUUGACCAUGGUGCGCAGACUUCUGCAUCAAUUCGUCUCUCGUCAGUACCGCAACGGGCCGUUUGGACUCAACCUGACAGAUCUACACCUGAACGACCGUGAGCACGGAGAGCAUCCACAGACCUUCGAGAAUAUCCUGGCCGAGUUCAUCGAUGCCUUCGAAGAGGUCGAGUACCAGGAACGAGUACGAUAA